UUACAGGCUUCCACAUCUCGCUGCGCCAUCACCAACUUGCGUUUUUCAUUUCAGAUCAACACCAAUGGAUUCGUUGCCACAGCAGAGCCGACGAGCGAGUCGACAUAUCUUGGCAAAAUGCCCUCAAAGUUUGGCAUGAUUGCAGCUCUGCAAGGAGACCUGGACACAAGUGAUGGUGCGGGGAAGGUUUUCUUCCGCCAGGACUCCAGCCCUGAAGUUCUGCAUCGGGCAGCGGAGCACAUCAACAGAGGCUUCCCCGAUGACGAUGAAGUUGACCCCACCCAUGCUGUGGUCAUCACCUGGGUUGAUGUUGCCACGCACGAACCUCAAACCCAAGACAAGAAGAGAAACACCUUCCAGCUGGUUAUUGCAUCUCUGGAGAGGGCCUCGUAUGCAAUUGUCCUAUAUCCAAGGGAUGGGAUCCAGUCUUCCACCUCACCUGCACAAGACGGCAGUGUGACCAUGCACGCUGGCUUUAGUAAAGGCGUAGUGAAAGGUUUUCUGUUUAACACUCAGGGACCAUACUACCGCACCACUACAGAUGACGAGGCAUCUGUCAGGACAUUAGCAGAGGAAACCAACUCUGGCCUGCGUGGUGUGUGGGUGUACGAGAUCGGUACCUCUCCCUUUUUUACCAACGUGGCUCCCGGUGAGGUCACUGACCUGCCCACUGAGGCCACACCUCCUGAAGUCUAUGUCGAUCCCACCGAUGCCAUCGAAGAAAGGAGGCUUGUGCAUACUAAUGGUCAGGUGGAAGAGUAUCCACCUUAUGAACCAGAAGGAGGGCAGAUUGUAGUCCAUCCCGUUCAGUACCAGCCACUUCAACCAGGCAACCCGGAAGUGGUGGUGGUGGAAGACACAGAUAUAAGUGUAGAUGUGUUCUCGUACAACUCCGGGACAUGUGCAAACAACAGAAACAAGUGUUCCCAGUUUGCUGACUGCAACGACUACUCCAGCGGAUUCUGCUGCGCCUGCAAGCCUGGCUUCUACGGGAACGGGAUACAGUGUGUGGCAGAGGGAAAGCCACAGAGGAUGAAUGGUAAACUGCAUGGAAGAGUGUAUGUGGGCAGCUCUCCUUCACCAGUGGAGUUCAGCAGCAACGAUCUCCACUCAUAUGUUGUUGCAAAUGAUGGCCGAUCCUACGUCGCCAUCAGUGACAUCCCACAGAACGUCGGGCCCUCGCUGCAGCCGCUGUCGUCCAUCGGUGGUGCGAUCGGGUGGGCGUUUGCUCUGGAGCAGCCUGGCUUCAAGAAUGGCUUCAGUCAUGUUGGGGGGGAGUUCACACGGCAGGCUGAGGUGACCUUUCUGCCAGGGAACGAGAAGCUGACCAUCAGACAGGAGUUCAAAGGUAUCGACGAGCAUGACCACCUGGUCGUGAGCACCAGCCUGGAAGGCCGGGUCCCUGAGGUGCCUCAAGGAUCCACCGUGCAGGUCGAGCCUUACUCUGAGAUCUACCAGUACAGCAACAACUUGAUCACCUCCUCCUCCACCCGGAACUACAUCGUGACCUUGCCCGAUGGUACCACUGACACCAGGACGUAUCAGUGGCGUCAGACCAUCAGCUUCCAGAGCUGCCAGCAUGACGGAUCUUUAGGAAACAUGAAGCCCACCCAGAUGCUCAGCGUGGACCAGAUCUUUGUCAUGUAUGACCAUAAUAAUGAGCUCAUCCGGUUCGCCAUGAGCAACAAAAUCGGGGAUGUCAAUGGAGGGCAGCCAGAGGAGAACCCAUGUUUCACAGGAAGACACGGCUGUGACACCAACGCCGCUUGCCGACCUGGAGAGGGAAACCAGUUCACCUGCGAGUGUGCUACUGGCUUCAAUGGUGAUGGCCGCUCGUGUUAUGACAUCGACGAGUGCAGAGAAGCCCCUCAGACCUGUGGCUUCCAUGCUAUCUGCAACAACCAGCCCGGGACCUUCCGCUGCGAAUGUGAAGAUGGAUAUCAGUUUGCUCGGGAUGGACAGACCUGUGUUGAGGUGAACCGACCCGUCGAUGCCUGUGAAGAAGGCACCCACACCUGUGACAGUCCCGAGCGAGCUCAGUGCAGCUACACAGGAGGCUCGUCCUUCAUUUGCUCGUGUCUGCCGGGCUUCAUAGGAGACGGACGAGUCUGCCAAGACAUAGAUGAGUGCCAACAAGGCAGGUGCCAUCAGGAUGCUGUAUGUUACAACACCGAGGGAUCAUUUACCUGCCAGUGCAGGCCAGGUUACUACGGUGACGGCUUGUCCUGCUCUCCAGGCAGGACAAAAACAAAAUGCGAGAGCCAAAGAGAAAAUCUCUUGGGCGCCACAGAGUAUGGUCCGCGUGGGCCUCGUCCUCCAGUUGGACAGUAUGUCCCUACAUGUGACGAGAACGGUGCCUUUGAACCGAUGCAGUGCCAUGGCAGCACGGGACAUUGCUGGUGUGUGGACCGAAAUGGACAGGAAAUCCCUGGGACGCGUUCCGGACCUGGCAGCACGCCACUGUGUAUCGACAAUGGUGGCGUGACACCACCUAUCGGACCCACCCCUCGACCCGAUGUCCACCCCCUGCCUUCAGGAACUCACCUCUUGUUUGCACAGAGUGGCAGGAUUGAGCACGUUCCGCUGGACAGUUACGAUAUGAAAAGUGACGAUGCCAAAACCGUCCUUCAUCUCCCUGGGAAGGUAAUCAUUGGCGUGGCCUACGACUGUGUGGAAAAAAUGGUCUACUGGACGGAAAUCACAUCGCCUUCAAUCAGCAAGGCCAACAUCCAGGGUGGAGAUCCUGUUAAUGUCAUUCGAUCAGAUUUGGACAGCCCCGAGGGUAUCGCCAUCGAUUACUUGGGCCGAACUAUGUUCUGGACAGAUUCGGUGAGAGAUCACAUCGAGGUUGCCUCCCUGGAUGGGUCUCAGCGUCGCGUCUUAAUCGACUCUGACCUCGUCAACCCUCGUUCUAUUAUUACCGACCCUCCCAAUGGUAAUCUAUACUGGUCCGACUGGAACCGCGACGCCCCCAAGAUUGAGACCUCAUACAUGGAUGGCUCCAACAGAAGGGUUCUGGUGAAGGAUGACCUCGGUCUGCCAAACGGACUAACUUAUGACUCUCAGAGCUCUCUGCUUUGUUGGGCAGAUGCAGGCACACAUAAAAUGGAGUGCAUGCAUCCAGAUCGCGGUGACCGCAGGAAGAUAAUGGAGGGACUUCAGUAUCCCUUUGGAAUGACUGCUUUUGGCAAGAACAUCUACUACACUGACUGGAGGAGGAACGCCGUGGUUGCAGUCGACCGCUAUGCCGCCAAGGAGUCAGAUGAGUUCCAGCCACAGAAGCGGACCAAGUUGUAUGGGAUCACCACAGCCUAUGCCCAGUGUCCUUCAGGACAAAACUACUGUGCUGCGAACAAUGGCGGCUGCACUCACCUCUGUUUAGCAACACCAGGCGGCCGCUCCUGCAAGUGUCCCAGUAACGCAGUGGGUGUGGGCUGUGUGGAGAGAGACGGCGGGUACUGACGUGAGGCAGCUGAACGAUGACACUGUUUGGAUGUUUGACCACAAAUUAGGAGCCAGUCAGCAUUACUAAACUAUAGCUGCUGAAAAAAGCCACUGUAAAGCGAGGUAAACUUGCUGUGCCUUUUAUUUCUCAGUGUCAUGCUUAUUUACUUUUUUUUUUUUACAUUUCCCAUUGCCUUAAUAAAACACAUUGGCCUUUCAAAAUUGUAAAUAUAAACACUUUUUAUGUUAUGACUUAUUUCCUGAGUGCACAUGAACUGAGAAUAAAGCUCAAGGGAUAAAUAAUUUAAUGUGAAAUUCAUCACAGCAGCGCAUGAUGUCAUCUCAUGUCAGCUGUGUUACACUGUGGCAUGUUUGGAUUAUCCCAGAAGUUGUCUCAUGGAAGUAUUUGUGUGGAGUAAGACUGAAAUAUCUGUGCAAGUUGGUGGGAUGAGUUCACAUGCUGAGCAACAGAAGAAUAAACAUUUUUCUAACA